GCGGAAGAGAAGCAGCGCAGCGCAACGCUGGAAAAUUUAAUCAGUUCAAGUCGCAAUGGGAGGGAGAUUAGCUACAGGUAGGAGCAUCGAUCGACCCAUCCGGCUAAUUGAGCUCUCGAGUUACUUUCACUGAAGCGCCUUGCCUUCGGGUUGCGUCAAUAAAUUCGCCAACGGAGAAGAUGUGCGUGGAUCAAUCUGCUACCUGCUACCUGCCACCGUGCCUUGCGCCUUGCCCCUUGUGCCUUAAAAGUCCCCUGCACACGCACUGAUUGCAUCAUUUGGCCUCUGACAAGAGACGCAAGACGAGAGAGCAUUAGAACAGCGUUUCGAUUUGAAUAGCAACGAGCAGAGCAUCUCAGAAUCCAAUCCAAUCGCACGGCCAGGAGACAAUGUCUGAAACUGCGAGAAACAACCCAACCCGAAAAGGGGAGGAGACCGUGAGCUAUGCCCUGUACUUGCACCGCCAGGAACUGGGGCGCCCCAAGCGGCGUCUGAUGCGCAUUGCCGGCACCAAGCUGCAACUGACAAACGAGCUCAUCCUCCUGCAGCAGCGGCGUCAGUGGGCGGCCGAUAGUCCCGCGGAGCUCGUCUACCAGCAGAGGAGUGCCCUCAAUCGGGAGAGCAUGUACCGCGACCGGCUCUGGCGCAACAUGCAGCGGCAGCUCGAGAAGCAGCACCACCGCCAGCGGCUGAAUCUCCAGCAAAUGGGAAAGCUAUAGAAUAUCUACACAUCCGCCACAGAUAUGUGCAUAGGUUUAGGGUUAGUCCAAGGGACUUUAAGGCAGUUUAAGUGAUAAGCAAUAAAGCGGCAUAAAUCAUCAAAAGAA